AUAUAGCUCCAUAUUUCCGUGUGUCUCCGGGCCAGGUCCAGACCCAUCUAGAGGGUAACAGGCUGGUACUGACCUGUCUGGCUGAAGGCUCAUGGCCUCUACAGUACCGAUGGAUCCUCAACAACACAGAUAUCACACACUUCUCUCCACUAUACACGUAUGUUAUCCCAGAGGUCCAGAGGUCGGAUGCUGGGUUGUAUCAGUGUGUGGUCAGGAACAGGAUGGGAGCCCUGUUACAGAGGAGAGCUGAGGUGCAGGUCGCCUUCAUGGGUAACUUUUCUGGUGAAGAGCAGCGUCGUACGGUCAGUGUUGGUCGAGCUGCGGUCCUGAACACUCCAACCGUCAGCUGCUUCCCUAGACCGCAGGUCACCUGGUACAGAGACGGUCACAAGAUAAUCCCCAGCAACAGAGUAGCCAUGUCGUUGGACAAUCAGCUGGUUGUCUUGUCGGCCAGGGCGGCUGACGCGGGGCGGUACUACGUACAGGCUGUCAACGGGCUGACCGGACAGAACCACACCUCUCCCUCUGUCUACCUCAGCAUGGCAGACCCUGAUGCUCUGGUUGAGCCCGUGGCUCCGGUGAUUGUGAUUGGUCCGAAGAAUAUGUCUGUCGUGGCAGGGAGGGAAGCUACACUUGAGUGUAUUGCUAACGCCAGGCCGGUGGAGAGGCUGGUGUUGUCGUGGAAACGUAAUGGGCGUCGGCUGGCCAGUGGAGUGGGCGUGUUCGGGCGUCGCCUGACCCUCUCUAGCCCCUCCCUCUCAGAUGGGGGCGUGUACGUGUGUGAGGCAUCGCUUCUCAACUCCACCACCAGACCCACCGAGGCCCGGGCCCAUCUCACUGUACUGGAGCCUCCGUACUUCACUGCUGAACCCAGACUGAAGAGUGUAGCAGCGGUGGACAGGAACGUGGACUUACACUGUCAGGCCAAGGGAGUCCCCCCGGCCCGUAUAGAGUGGUAUAAAGACGCUGUGCCCGUAUCCAAGUUGGCCAACCCUCGCUACAAGGUUACCGCGGCAACAGGUCUGACUGUGCGGAGAGUCCAACCAGGAGAUGCCGGAAUGUUCCAGUGUUUCGCUCGGAACGCUGCCGGAGAGACACAGACACACACACAGCUGGUGGUCACUAGUGUCACCCCCUCCUUCUCCCUCCUCCCCUCUGACCUCACCGUUACCGACGGCAACUCGGCUGUGUUCACCUGCGAGACCACUGGAGCCCCCAAACCUGCUGUCAGUUGGAGGAGAGGUUCCCAGCUCCUGGCCAGUGGGACAGUCCAGAUUCCCAGGUUCACCCUGCUGGAGUCAGGUGGUCUGCUGGUUGAGCCAAUCAGGAUGGAGGAUUCAGGCGACUACACCUGUACUGCCGCUGGCGCAGACGGAUCCAUCAACGCUACGGCCACUCUCACUGUCUGGA